ACAGCGGCACCAGUACUGGUAUUUUCGAUUUCCGAGCAUCCUCUCAGAACGCGCACACAUUCUCUCUCUCAUUGGCUUUCUUUUCUCUCUCUUCGCUCCACCUUGUCUCGUCGUUUGUCGUUUGCCGGCUGCCUAGACAGGCCUAGGGUUUAUUCUCUCUCGGCUCUCCGUCGCAGAUUUUCAGGAGCUCGCUAAUGCGAUGCGAUGGAUUGUCUAUCGUUUGCAUUUUCUUUAUCCCAAGCUAGCUUUGGCGGAGUUAUUUGUUUGCAUGCGUAGAUGUGAAACGCUUGUUUGAUUUGUGUUCUUCAACGUCGGCGUUGCUCGUUCGAUUUUAGUUCAGUUCUUGGUAAAAUCGGGAAGAUAUUAGGCUUCUAGGGACUCGUGUUUGGGGAGGAGCAAGUCUGAUUGUCUCUUCGGUUAGAAAUCGGAGUUGGAGAGAGUUUAUUGUUGCUUUGGAAAUUUACAAGAGAAAUCGCUUUGUUCUUUUUUUUUUUUUUUUAUCUCGAAAGGAGUAGAGUUUUAAGGAUAAUGAGUGAGAAUUUGGAGCCCGGGGAAUUAAACGGAGCUCCUUUGAGCAUUGUUCGUAGCUGCAUCAAACAGAAACGGGACGUUUCGUAGAAUAAAUUACUUAUUUCUCUUUAUUUUUGCUGCUAUAUUGAAUGGCUUUUCUUUAGUGAGAUAGGACUGAAUAAUUCGUAGCCCUCAUCCAACGAAUCUGCUGGUGCAAUUAAGCUCGUCCGCUUAGCCUUCGGACAACAGGAGGAUCGGGCUUUACCCGGGAGAAUCUAAUUAUCUUAGUUGUUUGGGCAAAACUGCUCGUGGUUAUUCUGGAUUUCAAGUUGCCGUGGUUUCGAAAUUGAGAGUCGAAAAUGGCGAUGGCAGUGGCACAGCAGCAUAGAGAGAGUAGCAGUGUUAGCAUCAAUAAGCAUCUUGAUGCGGGAAAAUAUGUACGGUACACCGCCGAGCAGGUUGAAGCUCUUGAACGAGUUUAUGCCGAGUGUCCAAAGCCGAGCUCGCUGCGUCGACAGCAAUUGAUCCGCGAUUAUCCCAUUUUAUCCAACAUUGACCCAAAGCAGAUCAAAGUCUGGUUUCAGAAUCGCAGGUGUCGGGAGAAGCAACGUAAAGAGUCUUCGCGGCUGCAGACUGUGAAUAGAAAACUCACUGCGAUGAACAAGCUACUGAUGGAGGAAAAUGAUCGGUUGCAGAAACAGGUGUCACAGUUGGUUUGUGAAAAUGGCUACAUGCGGCAGCAAGUGCAAAGUGCACCAGCUUCAACAGCUGAUGGAAGCUGUGAGUCAGCUGUUACCCCUCCUCAUUCUCUAAGAGAUGCUAAUAACCCUGCUGGACUCCUCUCCAUUGCAGAGGAGACCAUGUCAGAGUUCCUUUCAAAGGCUACGGGAACUGCUGUCGAUUGGGUCCAGAUGCCUGGGAUGAAGCCUGGUCCGGAUUUGGUUGGGAUCUUUGCCAUUUCACGUAGUAGUUGUAGUGGAGUGGCAGCUCGUGUCUGCGGUCUAGUAAGUUUAGAACCUACGAAGAUUGCCGAGAUACUUAAGGAUCGCCCAUCUUGGCUUCGGGACUGUCGGAGCCUGGAAGUUUUCACGAUGUUUCCUGCUGGAAAUGGAGGAACAAUUGAACUUAUAUACACGCAGAUGUUUGCUCCAACUACGCUGGCCGCUGCAAGGGAUUUCUGGACUCUGAGAUACACUACAAGCUUAGACAAUGGCAGUCUUGUGGUCUGUGAGAGAUCUCUGUCGGGUUCUGGUGCUGGCCCAAGUGCAGCUGCUGCUACUCAGUUUGUGAGGGCUGAAAUGCUUCCAAGUGGCUAUUUGAUUCGGCCAUGUGAAGGCGGAGGGUCAAUUAUUCAUAUAGUGGAUCACCUGAAUCUUGAGGCUUGGAGUGUGCCAGAGGUGCUCCGGCCACUUUAUGAAUCUUCAAAAGUUGUUGGACAAAAAAUGACUAUGGCAGCGUUGUACUAUGCCCGACAAAUUGCUAAGGAGACAAGUGGGGAGGUGGUGUAUGGCCUGGGCCGGCAGCCAGCUAUUCUACGAACUUUCAGCCAAAGAUUGAGCAGAAGCUUCAAUGAUGCUGUUAAUGGAUUCAAUGAUGAUGGCUGGUCAAUAAUGAAUGGUGACGGUGCUGAAGAUGUUAUAGUUGCAGUUAAUUCAACAAAAAAUUUGGUUGCUGGUCCCAGUCAUUCUAAUUCCCUUUCAUUUCUUGGAGGCAUUCUCUGCGCAAAGGCAUCCAUGCUUCUCCUAAAUGUUCCACCUGCAGUGCUGGUGCUCUUUCUGAGAGAGCAUCGCUCUGAGUGGGCUGAUUUCAAUGUUGAUGCUUAUUCGGCUGCGGCUCUAAAAACUAGCACAUCUGCAUAUCCAAGGCCCAUGAGGUUUACUGGGAGCCAAAUCAUCAUGCCACUUGGUCACACAAUUGAACAUGAAGAGAUGCUUGAGGUAAUCCGUCUUGAAGGCCAUUCUCUUACCCAAGAAGAUGCUUUUAUGUCGAGGGGCAUUCAUCUCCUGCAGAUAUGUAGAGGUACCGAUGAGAAUGCUGUGGGAGCCUGCUCUGAACUUAUUUUUGCUCCAAUUGAUGAAAUGUUUCCAGAUGAUGCCCCUCUGCUACCCUCUGGGUUUCGAAUUAUCCCAUUGGAUUCAAAAUCAGUUGAGUUGCAUUCUGCACCUGGAUCUCCAUGUUCUGAUAUGCAGGAUACUAUGGCUGUAAAUCGGACCCUAGAUCUGGCAUCAAGCCUUGAAGUGGCCCCAGCAACAAAUGAGACUUCUGGCGAUACAUCCUCAAGUUGCAACACGAGAUCAGUUUUGACUAUUGCUUUUCAGUUCCCGUUUGAGAAUGGUCUACAGGACAAUAUUGCUUCAAUGGCUCGCCAAUAUCUCCGCAGUGUUAUUUCCUCCGUGCAGAGAGUUGCAAUGGCUAUAUCUCCAGAAUUUAGCCCUACUGUGGGGCCAAAGCUAUCUCCCGGAUCUCCAGAAGCACUAACUUUAGCACACUGGAUCUGCCAGAGCUAUAGUUACCAUUUAGGGACGGAACUACUGAGAUCUGAUUCCCUGGCUGGUGACUCAAUAUUGAAACAUCUCUGGCAUCACCCUGAUGCAAUAUUGUGCUGCUCAUUGAAGUCGUUGCCAGUGUUCAUGUUUGCAAACCAGGCAGGGCUCGACAUGCUUGAAACAACUCUUGUGGCUUUACAAGAUAUCACAUUGGAUAAGAUAUUUGAUGAGUCUGGGCAAAAGGCAUUAUUCUGUGACUUUACCAAGAUAAUGCAGCAGGGGUUCACCUGCUUGCCAGCCGGAAUCUGCAUGUCAAUAAUGGGGCGUCAUGUUUCAUACGAACAAGCUAUCGCAUGGAAAGUCCGUGCAGCUGCCUCCGAGAACACUGUCCAUUGCCUUGCCUUCUCAUUUGUUAACUGGUCCUUUGUGUGAGCCCCUAUUACAUGUAUUUAUUCUAUCCGGCACUGCCCCUUCCCCCGUGUGUGGCUUGGGGAAGCUUGGAGAGAAAGGGGGAAUUAAGUUUUGCUGUAAAAAUUAUGUAGUACCAGCUUGAGGUUUGCAGUCAAAAGGGUUAUCUCAUGGUGUGGUGUAAAUUUUGUUCAUGGAUAUGUACUGGUUAAUUUACUUGGAAAUGAAAUGAAAACGGAAGUGGGUUUCAGUUAGACCUCUUA